AACUGUUUCUUCUGAGCGGCAUCAGCCACUCGGCUACAGUUGUUAUUUGAUCCCUGCCCAGUGCGGUUGUGUUUCAGUGCGCAGGGGAUUACUAACCGGUUCUAGUGCCAUACUAGUUGUACUCAAUUUUUGUUUGGAAAAUUCUCUGUAACAGAGUUCCACAAUGAAAAUCAACCUGACGGUGGAAAAUGGCCCGUGCAACACCGAACUGCGGGGCUGGUGCCUGGCAAUUGCGAUCUACUGGCUAUUAUCCAUGACUUCCAGCGUGAUACUCGCGCCAAACGCUCUUAACUUUGUUGGAUUUGCCAUCAUUGUAGUCGCCAACAUAUGCUUGCUGAUAGGAACCCUAAGGGAAAAGUUCGUUCUGCUGCUCGUCUGGCUGAUAUUCGCCGCCAUCGAAGUCAUAUCGUUUCCCUUUGCCGUCCUCGGGGUUAUCUUCCACUUCGGUGGAUACCGCGAAGCCACCGGAACGGACAGCGUUUUCUUGUCCCUGGUUAUCUACAUAAUCACGUUUCUAUUGAUCCUCUUCAGCGCCCGCAUCGUGUACUCCUUCUACCUCCAGCUGAAGAACAACGAAACCAGCAAACAGACGCCGCGCGCCAUGAAUGUGGUUUAGUCAUUAUUAUUGCACAUCAAUUGUGGGGGAAGCCAACCCCACCGUUAAUCUCAGUGUUUGCAAUAAAAUGCUUCGUUUUUUA